GGAUUUUAGAUGUUAUCUCUAAGUAGUCAAUAUUUAAGGUAGCUCAAGAAAAUGAGCCUUAAUCUCAAUAUCAGUUAAUCCACAUUAAUCCAAAUCUUCUAGACAGGAUUUUUGUAAACAUUCAUUUGAAUUAAAACUAAGGAGAAAAAGCAAAUUAAUACUGUUUGUUAAAGGAUAGCUUUUCUUUACCAUGUUGAAAAAUUAUUCAGAUCUCUUAAACCUACCUAACAGUGUCUCAUAUACAAGUACUCGGUACAUCAUGUACUCCUAAGCAGUGAUGUCACAGAUUACUUUACCAGUUGAUUGACAAAGUCACAAAGACAAAAAAUAAAAUACAGGCUGCCUUUUAACCCCAGGAUUGGUGAGGCAGACAGGUGGAGCUAUGAAUUUGAAGCCUGGUCUAGGCAUUGAGACCUGUCUCAUUUAAAAAAAAAAAAAAAAAAAUCACAUGUUCACUAGAUGAAGAGGAUCUGGGUUCAACUCUGAGCACUCACAAGGCUGCUUAUAGCUGACACAGAAUUACCUUUUAGAAAUGAGGUUUAUUAGAUCGUCCUCAAGGUCAUGAUCUUGCCUAAGGAGGGAAAGAGAAAGGAUACAGCCAGGUGGUGGCAGCACACACCUUUAAUCCCAGCACUUGGGAGACAGAGGGAGGUGUAUCUAUGAGUUCAAGGCCAGAGCUAAGGCUACAUAGAGAAACCCUAUCUCUCAAAACACCAAAAAAAAAAAAAAAAAAAAAAAAGAUACAGUACAUUAAAAAUUAUAUACAGGCCUUAAAGGGAAAGAGACGCCCCUUUAUAUCUGGUAGGAGCUUCAGGAUGCUUGAGAGGGGGAAGGGAAGCCACUUGUGAAGGGUAGGGAGACAGCUGCAUAGAAAUCCAUCCCCCCCCCAACAAAGGCGAUACCUCCCUCUUACAUGCCUUCAUAAGGUGACAGGAAGUUUCACACCAGGUGAUUUAGAUCAAGAAAGCAAAUGUGACAGAGAGCCAGGUACUGCUUAGACUGUAAAUUAGUUGCCACACAGCUUCUCUUCCCAGGAAAGCCACAGAAGGGCCACGGCCCUGUGUCUUCUGGCUGUGGCGUGUGCAUGAUCACGAUCUUAAAAGGGCAGGUUUGUAUAUAACAAGGGUAAAUACAGGAAGUCUUGAGUGCUCAGUUACUUGAAGGUUCUGCAACUGGCUCAUUACAGGCACAUUGGGAAAUUUGCCUCAAUUCCUGCAGUCUUCAUUCUUGUGUUGUCUUUGUAGUGAGCCACUUCACAUAACUCUGGGGGAAUGGUAAACUUACACAGCAUCUAUCAGUAUAUAAGCAUUUCAAACAAGACCUGAAAGCAGAGAGGUUGUUGCCUCAUUUACAAAAUAAGGAUUGUGUCAUGGGUUCAAGAAGAUAUGGAGAAAAACCAACAAAUAUUUUCAAUAAGGAACAAAAUAGUAUUGUGGAAGAAACUAUACAGAAAGGUAGAUUUUAUUAUUUUUAUCUUUGUGCUAAAUGAACAGUUAUCCAGGCUGGAUGCUUGGUUUCAAUACAAAGUUCCCCAAAAAGGCAUAGCUUCUGUUUCCCAGUAGUGGGGGCCAGGUAUUUUCAUGAACAUGGUUACCAUUCUUGGCACUUGAGGAUGCCAAAGAAAUAGAAAAGGGAAUGGUCAAAAAGUCACCUAUGCUUACCUGUAAGAAACUGCAGUGGUAGAAGGAAGAGGAGUAUGCGGAAUCUAAACAGUAUUGGGAGUCUUUCUGGGAUAAAAAUUUGGAAAGUGGAUCUGGAACGAUGGCUCAGUGGGUACUUGCAGAGGACCCAAGCUGGGUUCCCAGAACUAAUAUGAGACAACACCUGUUAUGCGAGUUCUGGGACUCUCAUGCCCUCUUCUGGCUUUUCGUGACACCUGCACAUGGGCUGUGCAGUUAAAUUCACUCAGGCAUACACACAUGAAAAUCUACAGAACUGAAAUGUUUAAUAGGUGAUGCCUACUUACAUUCUUGUCACGUUGUUUCAACCUACAGUUACACUUGUUCUUUGUAAAUAUUCUCUUAAAAUAGUUAUAAGAUUUUCUUCAUGUAAAGUUUUAUGUGAACACAAAAACUGGUUAACAAAUUUACCUAAAUGAGAACUGCCAAAAUGCUGCAAGGAUUCAAGAGUUACACAGCAAUCUCCAAACAGCUGUUCCCACUGAGCUCACAGGAUGUGCGAUCCAAAGUGAUAAGAGGCUCCAAAAGCAACAAAUCAUUCUUGGACACUCAAAAGACAACACUGCUGUGGCCCUGUUCCCAUUCCUGCUUGUAGCAAACAACAUUGAUGUAACCUGGAUUUGAAGCAUUCACAUCAGCAGGAGCUGUAAACAGUGAAGAGAGCAUAUUAUAUGCUUGGUUUAAUUAGUUUUAAAAAAUGGAAAUGUUUCAGACAUGUUUAAGAAAACAAAAUUAUAUAGUUUAGUCUGGGAAAAGAUUGUCAUUGUGGAUUCUGAGUUCAAAGCCAGUCUGGUCUGCAGAGCAAGUUCUUCAGGAUAGCCAAGGCCACACAGAGAAACCCCAUCUCAAAAACAAAAACAGGAAAGGACUUAAUACAUGACUUUGUUUAAUUUCAUGUAUGUAUACCACAUGUAUGUCACUGGUACCCAGAGAGUCCAAAAGAGGUUGUUGGAUUAUUUGGAACUGCAUGUACGUGCUGGAUCCUCUGGAGGAGCAGCCAUUGCCCUUAACCAUCUCUCCAUCCCUCAGAGACUUGCUUUAAAACUGAGUCAUAGCCAAAUCUCAGAUGUGAGAGGGAGGAAACAAUGCUUUCUAUGUAGCUGUCCACUACUAGUUUACCCAUAUGACAUUUGUCACAGGAUGACACAGUAGGAGGUAUCCCACAUAUGUGUUUACUGAGCCAUACUGAUAUAUCAGCUGCUUACGUUUAUACUGCUGGUAAAAAAGUACUGACUUCAAAUCAGAACUCAAAUUCUCUAGUGCAUUCACAUGAUGCACAAAAAUAGUUUAAAAAGUACAGGAGUGAGAACAUUCCUGAAGGCCUCACGGGUUAUAACCCUUUAGGCCAAAGUAUUAGCAAUAAAUUACUUCCUCAAUACACUUAUUUUAACAAAUUGACCUUAAUACAAAAAUAUAAUAUGAUAAAGGAGCAAGGUCAGAUAUGGUGGCACACUUGAGAGAUGAAGUUAGUUCAGUUAUCCUCUGCUACUUAUGGAUGGAGUGGAGGCCAGCUUUGACUACAAAAUGUCCUGAUUCAGAAACUUAGAAACUUUUCUAAGUUUCUGUGUAUGUGUAUAAACUUUCUAUACCUCUCAUGGAAAAGACUCGGUGUAUUCUGUAGUUAUUUCUGUGUCUGUCUUCGUCUAUUUCACAGCAUACUGCUGUUCAUGUGCUGUAUAUCCAUCGCCUAUUAAACCAACGUUUUAUACUAAUGGCUGGAAAUUAGUGAUCACAGGAAUUCCUGACACCCCAGAAAGAAAGAAAAAAAGAAACAGCAGGGAAUGAUCCCCAAGAAAAGCCAGAGAGGAACGAAGAGUGGAGCGGCCACUUCCCGAAAGAUUUUCCUGACAUAUUUAUCCACUUAAGGACCAAAGGCCUUCCUUCCCCAGGAAAAAUGAGUUCUCAGGGUGAUUUUUUUGGUAGGUGAUUUUUAGUGUAAUUAUAAGAUGCACUCGAUGUUCAGAGUUGCUGACCGAGGAAGUAAUUGCUGGUAAGUACCACAAAUAGGCAAGGCUAAAAAAUGCUUUUAAAUAAAUGUUUCCUUGUUUCUGGAAUAGGCAGUCAGAAUGACAUAAAAGACCAGCAGCAUGGAGAAACGGAUGUGGUAUGUCAACAGGAAGGGCUGAUUCUGCUUUAGAGGGAUGAGGCCGGCAGCGUCAUUAAGCGGCUGCUACAGCCUAGACUUCUUUUGAAGGCUCGGGAUGACGAGAGGAGUGUUUAUCCUCUCCUCACUAAAAGCCACUUCAGUCACAGCUUUGGGACUACCUUGGGCGGGCUCUUCCUCCUUUUACACUCAUGCACACACUGUUCCGGGGCGGCAGCCUUCUCUCGCUCCCAGGUGCGAGGCGCGCGCAGAGACGCCGGAAGCGGGGACGGCGGGCCACUCCGGGCCUGUACACGGACAGCGUUCGCGGGAAAGCGCAGCCCCACCGAGAGCGGGUCCACGGAGCUGGAGCGAAAUAACGGCAACAGGCAGGGGCUCCCGGCUCGGCGCGGGGGCGGGGCGACGGCGCGAGCCCCGCCCCCGCCGUCCCAGCGCCCUGAUUGGCUCCCGCGGCCGCGCGCUCCGGACCGGCGGCCUGCGGCUGGAGGGCGGGUAUCGCUGCCUGCUGCGGCCGAGCGGCGCGCAACCGCCUGAGGAAUCUUGGGAAGCCAAAAUGCGGCAUAAUCAGAUGUGUUGUGAGACACCACCUACUGUCACUGUUCAUGUAAAAUCAGGUUCAAAUAGGUCACAGCAAACUAGAAAACCCAUUAAUCUGAAACGUCCUAUUCUGAAGGAUAGCUGGCAAGCAUCUGAAAAAAAUGCACAUAGUAACAAACCUAAGCGGCCCAAAGGGCCCUGUCUAAUCAUACAGCGUCAGGAGAUGACUGCUUUCUUUAAAUUAUUUGAUGAUGAUUUAAUUCAAGAUUUCUUGUGGAUGGACUGCUGCUGUAAAAUUGCAGACAAGUAUCUUUUGGCUAUGACCUUUGUUUAUUUCAAGAGAGCUAAAUUUACUAUAAAUGAGCAUACCAGGAUAAAUUUCUUUAUUGCUCUGUAUUUGGCUAAUACAGUUGAAGAAGAUGAAGAAGAAGCCAAGUAUGAAAUUUUUCCAUGGGCUUUAGGGAAAAACUGGAGAAAACUGUUCCCUAAUUUUUUAAAGUUAAGGGAUCAGCUCUGGGACAGAAUUGACUAUAGGGCUAUUGUAAGCAGGCGAUGCUGUGAAGAGGUUAUGGCCAUUGCACCAACCCAUUACAUCUGGCAACGAGAGCGCUCUGUGCAUCACAGUGGAGCUGUUAGGAAUUACAACAGAGACGAAGUUCAUCUGCCCCGGGGACCUAGUGCCACACCAGUAGAUUGUUCACUGUGUGGUAAAAAAGGAAGAUAUGUGAGAUUGGGACUGUCUUCAUCGUCAUCUUCGUCCAGUGACACAGUAGAGCUAAUGGAAAAACAUUCCCAGGAAUUACACAAUUCAUUAUCAAUGGACACGAUAGGUGAUCCUUCUCAAGCUAAUAGCUAUUCUCAAGACAUGGUUUCAUUGUGUAACCCUGGGCAGCCCAAACUCACUGCUUUCACCAGAUUUGCCUCAAACUCACAAAGAUCCACCGGCCUCUGGGAUUAAAGUAGCCAAUGACCAUCAAUCAAACAAAGAAAAUGAAAAUGAAACUAAUUUUAUGAAGAAAGACAAAUCUAUGGAGUGGUUUACAGAAAGUGAAGAAUGACAUGGCUCAACUAAAGCAACUGGACCCACUAGCCACAAAAUGUCAAAUUAAAUGCAAGACAGUUGCAAAAUGGGACAGUUACCCAGUUGUACAAUGUUCUUUAGCUUCUGUUAUUUUUCAAACAUAUGUAAAAGUUUUACAAAUCAUAGUAAUAACUAAAAAUACCAAUUUAUGACAGUAGUGACUGAUAAUAAUAUAAAGUUCUAAUUUGAUGCUUCUCUGUCUUCAAACUGAUUGCUGUCACCUCAGGUAUACUCAGUUCAGUUGUUAUUUGAACUUCCUCCACAUGACAAGCAGGGCUUGACAAAACAAUUAGGGUCAUAACACUGCAUUAAUUAAAAGAAAGAAAAAUUUAAUUAAUAUGUCCUGAAGACAUUACUGACAUGUGUGACUAGUUUGCCAGUGAACAAGUCUAGCAAUAUAGAGACAUGGUCUGUAUGAAAAAUCAGAAUGGGAUUCUUCUGUAACAGAAAAUGUAUAAUACACUGUAUAAAUGGUUUAUAAUUGUUCACCAAAAGGUGUUGAAAUAUUAAACACUGUCCCUUUCCUGUAAGCUUUUUCUCAGAAAAAGUUUUAAUCAUUUGUUUUGAGGCUACUUUGCUAGUUUGUAUACAGAAACUUUGUUAGUGAUCACACAGUAACUCUACAGAUAGGCUUAUAACCAAAUGGAUAAUCCUGUUUCAUAAAGCAAUGAAUCUGAUACCAAGUUUCAUGGCCUAAAUAAUGUGCACAUACAAGGACCUAAACUUGUUUUUUGUUUUUUUGGAGCAUUUUAGGAAUUGCACUUUGCAAUUAAUUUAACAAAAUAUAAAAACAUAAAACAUUACAUUUUGUUUUCUGUACAAAAAAAAAAAAAUCCCGAAGAGUAGAAUAUUUGAUAGUUAUGCGAGUGUAUUAUUGUGUGAAUGUGUUAGUCAAUAUGGUCAACACACUUAAGAAUCUACAAUAUUAUCAAAAACACAGCAUAAAAUAAACUGAAUGUUGUGCUUGUUUUAAACUCUAUUUUAUUUGGAGUUCUUUAAAGCCUCUCCUUCCAACCCCCAACCCUAUGUAAGAAAGAAAAAGUUAAUGGGGAGAGAGGCCACAGAUCCCUUUACUUCUAUUUGUUCAGGGUCAAUGGGUUUUUGGAGGGCUAUAACAAUCUCUGUCAACAGCAAAUACAGCAAGCAGCAUUUAUCUGAGGUAGGUCCCCUACCUCAGAGUCCUAGGCCACGACCUUCUCCAUGCUGCACGAGGCAGGCCAUUACCAGCUGGCAAAGACCACACCAUGCCGGAGGCAAUUAUCAGCUGUGGACAAGCCCAAACUAAAAUCUCACACUUGGGAUUAAAACAAAAACAUAUUUACAUAAUGUUACCGAGUUUUUGAGGAAAUAAAAACU